ACCGGAAAUCAUUAAUAUCUCUGCGCACCGAGGCUGGAAGCUUGGACUGUAAGUGUGCAUUGGCAGUGCUGGGGUAACGUUGUUGACGGAAAAUGGUCUCGACGAAUUAGUAACCUCUUGCAAUGGUUCCUGUUGUCGUCGUUCAUGGGGGAGCAGGUACAGCUUUAACAUGUGAAGAACUUUGCAAACUCGGAGUCCAGGAAGCAGCACUUGCUGGGUACCAUGUCCUUCAGCAAGGGGGCAGCGCUCUUGAUGCAGCAGAAGCAGCCGUGAUUCACCUGGAAAACAAUCCGAUCUAUAACGCUGGCUGUGGUUCUGCUUUGAAUGAGUUGAAGGAUGUGGAAAUGGAUGCCCUUAUAGUUGAUGGAAGAACGCUGGAUUGUGGAGCCGUUGCUGCAGUCAGAAGAAUUGCAAAUCCCAUUACACUCUCCAGACUUGUAAUGGAAAAGACAAACCAUGUGUGUCUUGCUGGAGAAGGUGCAUCCAAAUUUGCAAAAGCAAUGGGUAUAAAAGAAGUAUCGGAGGAGUCCCUAAGAACUGAAUAUUCCAUAAAGAUGUGGGAAAAAACCAGGCAUUUUAAUGAAGGUUCUGAUCAAAGUGAAGAGUCAAAGUCCGGAACAGUUGGUGCCGUUGUCUUAGACUCAAAAGGCGAUUUGGCCAGCGCGACAUCCACAGGUGGAAUCGUCAAGAAAAUGGUUGGACGAGUUGGUGAUACACCUAUGAUAGGAUGUGGUGGUUUUGCUGAUAACCUGGUUGGGGCCGCUUCAGCUACUGGGCAUGGAGAAGCCAUAAUGAAGGUGACUUUGUCCCGAUUGGUUAUUUUCCACAUGGAACAAGGAAUGUCUCCCAGCCAGGCAGCUGACACAGCACUGGAAUACAUGAACACACGGGUGAAAGGCAAAGGGGGCAUCAUAGUGAUAAGCAAAUCUGGAGAAUGGACAGCAAAAUGUAACACCAAGCGAAUGGCGUGGGCCACAGUGAAAGACGGCAUUUUACACUAUGGAUCUCAGCAUGGAGAACACAACACCAAGCCUUUAGCAAAUCCUUCAGGACACUCGUGAGAUCUCAAGUUCUACUUGUGCCCGUAGUCGUCUUAAAACGAAGAUUAUGAAGACUGCCUGACUGCACUGUUAACACCUUUAAUACACUGCUCCAAUCCAUAGUAUUUCAUCAUUUAUGUUCACGUUUAAUAAUAAUCAUUGCAGAUUUCUCUAAUUUCACCAUUUGUGGGUCUAGUAAUUGAUUUUUGGAGCCAGGUGUAGGUAAUAAACACUUUAUAAAAUGAAAAUCUUUAUUUAAAUGUAUAAUGUUAUAAUUUUGAGAAAAAGUGCAAAAUAACUGCUGCUACUUGUGGUCAUUUUAAGCCAGUGAGGGUCACACCGUGCACCACUGUAACUUCAUUAACUGGAUGAAUUUUGCAGGUCUCUGUGAAUUAAGGAAUUUUAAAGAAAUUACUGGGACUAAUAAAUUGUGAGAAAACAAGUGAAGAUACUAGAUUUGAACAUUUCCUACCAAUCAUUACUCCUGUUUAAUCAAUGCUUGUUUGUUUAUUUUUUAACAGUUGCAAGCAACUUAAUGAUUAUGUUUAAUCUUGUUUUUCUUUCGGGUGCUCCUGUUACGAGUCGUCACAGCAGAUCAUCUCUUUCCAUAUCUUCCUGUCCUCUGCAUCUUGCUUUGUCACAUGUACUACCUGAAUGUCCUCUCUCACCACAUCCAUAAACCUUCUCUUAGGCCUUCCUCUUUUCCUCUUGCCAUUAUCGCCCUAACCUGCUGCUCACCUUUCCCAGCUCGGUUCCUUUGUCUAGCCAGUUGGUUCAGGUCCUUUUCUUCCUCCUUAGUGGCCAACCUCU